CGCCGACCCCGCUCCUGCCCUCCCGGCCUGGGGAGACACGUGACACCCUCCUGCUCCGGCCCGGCCUAGCCCGGGGAGGCCCGGCGUGCCGGCGCUGUUCCCCGGGCACCGGGACGCCCUGCGCUUCCAUGACCUCAGGGUCGCUCCGCCCAGUGCGGGCAGAAAACUCCCACCCGGUACUAACCUGACCAGCUCAAGAGAAGAGGAAGGAGGAACAUAAUAAAAUGUCACCUGAAGUGGCCUUGAACAGAAUUUCUCCAGCACUUUCGCCCUUCAUUUCCAGUGUGGUCAGGAAUGGAAAAGUAGGACUAGAUGCUACGAAUUGUUUACGGAUUACAGACUUGAAGUCUGGCUGCACAUCCUUGACCCCUGGACCCAGCUGUGAUCGUUUUAAACUACAUAUCCCUUAUGCAGGAGAAACACUCAAAUGGGAUAUAAUUUUUAAUGCUCACUAUCCUGACCUACCACCAGAUUUUAUCUUUGGAGAGGAUGCUGAGUUUUUGCCAGAUCCUUCUGCCUUGCAUAAUUUAGCUUCCUGGAAUCCUUCAAAUCCAGAAUGCCUGCUGCUUGUUGUGAAAGAGCUUGUGCAGCAGUAUCAUCAAUUUCAGUGCAGCCGAUUACGGGAGAGUUCUCGUCUCAUGUUUGAGUAUCAGACUUUACUUGAAGAGCCCCAGUAUGGAGAAAACAUGGAAAUCUAUGCUGGCAAAAAAAACAACUGGACCGGAGAAUUCUCGGCUCGCUUCCUCUUGAAGUUGCCUGUUGAUUUCAGCAAUAUUCCUACAUACCUUCUUAAGGAUGUGAAUGAAGACCCUGGAGAAGAUGUUGCGCUCCUCUCCGUUAGUUUUGAGGACGCAGAAGCUACUCAGGUUUUUCCUAAACUGUACCUCUCCCCGCGUAUUGAACAUGCGCUUGGAGGAUCAUCUGCCCUUCACAUCCCAGCCUUUCCUGGUGGAGGUUGUCUCAUUGACUAUGUACCCCAAGUAUGCCAGCUGCUAACAAACAAGGUACAAUAUGUUAUUCAGGGAUACCAUAAGAGAAGAGAGUACAUUGCAGCUUUCCUGAGUCACUUUGGAACUGGUGUGGUGGAAUAUGAUGCAGAAGGAUUCACAAAGCUUACUCUGUUGCUGAUGUGGAAAGAUUUUUGCUUCCUUGUUCACAUUGACCUACCCCUCUACUUUCCUCGAGACCAACCAACCCUAACAUUUCAGUCUGUCUACCACUUCACUAACAGUGGCCAGCUGUACUCCCAAGCCCAGAAGAAUUACCCAUACAGCCCCAGAUGGGAUGGCAAUGAAAUGGCCAAGAGAGCAAAGACAUAUUUCAAGACAUUUGUCCCUCAGUUCCAGGAGGCAGCAUUUGCUAAUGGGAAGCUUUAGACAGCUUUGGGCUUGGAAACUACACUGGACAGAUCCUUCAGUCUGCACAUGUCAGCCCAGAAGAAGGAUGCCUGGAAAUGGGUUGGACUGUCUUGAUAAGUGCUUUCUUGCCUCUGAACUGGUUUUGGUAGCUUCAGUUUUUGAAACAAAGACCUCACUAGCAUGCUUAGAACUGAAUAUUUGAUAUUAGUCCUGCCCCUUUGCCUCUGCCACCACCAUUCCUUUAUAUACCUACUGGAUUAAAUUUAAAAAGGUUUGUAUUGAUAACACUUUCUUGUGCCAACAGUGUCCUGUAUGUUAUGCCUUGUUUCCUCAUCUUCAGAUGGUCUAAAUUGGACUGCUCUUCCCCAUGGAAAUAUGCUGUAAUGUGUACAUUUAGUUAACAUUUUCAGCUCAUCCUAAGGAAAUACAGAACUGCCGUAUGUACCAGGAAUGCCUAAUGGACUGUACAGUGCCAUAUUCUGCCUCAGAGGUUUGAGUCUCACUGUGGUUGUUACUCUCACAGGUAUGGAUAUGAGUUGCACACUUCAAUUCUCAGUGCCUUUACAGUUGGUCUGAAGUUAAUAUGGCAAGGUGUUUGAGGUUUGGUGGUUUUUCUAAUACUUCUGUUGAAAGCUCAUUUUAUGUGAAAUGUUAGGUUUUUAUGCUUUCUUUUCAUUUCCAGUUGUACAAUUUUGGUGUUUUCCUAAUGAGUGCCCCUUGCCACUACAAAAAAGUUCUAUUUCUUUAGUACCAACAUGCAAGUAACUAGUUAUAUAAACCAGUAUAACAAAAUAAAGCUCUUUCAUAGACCUGUAAUUUUUCCAAAUAAGAUAAAUACUGUUAAGAGGCAAACUUUCAACAAAGGAAUGAAUGAUGUCUUGGAAGAUAGCUGAUGAAAUAAUGUAGGGCUAUAGGUAUUUAGCUUAAUGCUUAAGUUCAGCAUAUCUUCUCAGAAAAUAUUUUUAAGUGUAUAUAAGUGGAAACAUUACCUCCCCUAAUUCUGACAUACCAAGUGGAAAAUCCUGCCUAUUCAUCCUUUCUUUCCUGCUUGUGUCAGGCACACCAGUUGGGACUAAUGGUCACAGUGUCACUUCCCCAAUUAAUUUGUGAAUAGACCAAGGUACUUUCCAGUAAGGAAUAAAAUUAACAGAGUAUGUUGGCUUAUAAAUGGUAUCUGGAAAAUGUGCCCUACUUCUGCUAAAUACAAGGAACUAAAUGAAUAGUAUGCAGAUGA